AUGCCAAAUGCUGCAGAACCAGGUUGGAAGGCCUUGCUGGACCAGGCGACAAAAGACUAUCCUGCUGUUGCGUCCACGCUCGCAACAAUCGAUGGUGAUCAAGCACGAGUGAGAUCUGUGAUACCGAGGACGAUCAUGCUGGCAAAGCCAUGGCUACCUUUGCUUAUCACUACCACGGACAGCGAGUCAUUCAACUGUUUCUGCACUCCGAAAGUGAAGCAGAUCACAGAUUCUUCUCGGAAAGUCGAGCUCGCUUGGUGGUUCCCAGAGCCUAUGGUCCAGUUCCGCAUCACUGCGAACGCAUAUAUCCUGCCUACGCCUACCCAUCCGCUCGCGUCAUCUUUCCCAGCUGCCAGACUCUCGCCCUCACCAGACUUCGAUUGGGAAGAGGAGCGGUUCAACACAUACAAGAACAAGAUGGGAGCUUCGCUGCGUGCCUCUUUCUUGCGCCCUAUCCCUGGAACCCCGAUCGACAACUAUGACGUGGGCAAGGAUUGGCCAGCCAAGAUCCCAGCCCCGGGUGAAGAGACGACGGAUGCGGAGAGGGAGCAGACCAGGAACGCGCUGGCUAACUUCUCGCUGUUUGUUCUAGAGCCGUUCGCAGUCGAGUACCUGGAGCUCAAAAUUGUUCCGAAUCAGAGGACGAUGUGGACACUGGAGGGUCAAGAUUGGAAGAAGACGAUCCUCGUGCCUUGA